UUCACUUUAAAACACGAAGACAUUUUUUCCGAAGGCGGUAAGGAUCCUCUGCUUCUGAAAACCAAAUGUGAUUGCGCGAUUCUUAACGUUCCUAACGUUUCCUUUCCCUGACUCUGCUGCAUUUGGGAGGUAGAGCUGAGCCAUAACGAUUUUUGGCAAUCUCUCAAUUAUGAAGAUUUCUUAUUGGAGUUUGGUUUUUUCGCUUCUUCUCUGCCUUUUCGCAUCCGGGUCUCUCUCAAUUGACAAUUUUCAUCAGGCGUUUCCUAUUAUUGAACCUGAUCCUGGUCAUACGAAGCUUCGUCUUUCAAGUGAUGGCUUGGAGGCCAUUAGACGAAUAAUGACACCAAUUGCAGCAGUUGCUGUAAUUGGUCCGUACCGCUCUGGAAAAUCAUUUUUGCUUAAUCAGCUUCUUUCCCUUUCUUGUUAUGAAGGUUUUGGGGUUGGACAUAUGCGUGACACAAAGACAAAAGGGAUUUGGGUUUGGGGUACUCCAGUAGAAUUGGAUGUCAAUGGAGUUAACACUUCUGUGUUUUACCUUGAUACGGAGGGAUUUGAAAGUAUUGGAAAGUCAAAUGUAUAUGAUGACCGGAUAUUUGCUCUGGCAACUGUUUUGAGUUCUGUGCUUAUUUAUAAUCUGCCUGAGACGAUUCGAGAAGCUGAUAUUUCUCGCCUGUCAUUUGCAGUGGAGCUUGCUGAAGAAUUUUAUGGAAGAGUGAAGGGCCAAGAUUUUGCUUUUGAGCCUGCAAAACUACUUUGGCUUAUCCAGCGUGAUUUUCUAGAAGGGAAAUCAGUGCAAGAAAUGGUGCAUGAAGCCCUUCAGCAUGUCCCUAACAAUGAUGGGGACAAAAAUAUUGAUCAGGUUAACCAGAUUCGAGAAUCACUUGCUAUUAUGGGUGGUAACAGCACAGCUUUUAGCUUGCCGCAGCCUCAUCUCCAGCGAACAAAACUUUGCGACAUGAAAGAUGAUCAACUUGACCCAGUAUAUGUUAAAAGAAGGCAGCAAUUGAAGGAGCUUGUUGCUAGCAUUAUUCGCCCAAAGAUUGUGCAGGGAAAACUUCUAAAUGGACAAGAUUUUGUAGCCUUCCUGGAGCAGAUACUUGAAGCCUUGAAUAAAGGGGAGAUUCCAUCAACAGGAUCUCUGGUGGAGGUUUUCAACAAGGGUAUUCUUGAGCGCUGUUUGAAGCGAUAUAGUGAAACAAUGUUAAACUUAACUUUACCUCUCACAGCGCAAUCACUGCGAGAUGCCCAUGAAAGGUCUAGAGGAGAUGCAAUGAAAUCUUUUGAUGAACAGCACUUUGGGCGUAACCAUGCCAAGAGAUCUUUCAUGCAACUGGAAGAGGAAAUAGACAAGGCUUAUAAGAAUGUCAUACUGGCGAAUGAUUAUCAAUCAGCAAAACUCUGCGAAGCAUUGUAUGUUAGAUGUGAGGACGAAAUGGACCAGCUGCAAGUUCUCAGACUUCCUUCCAUGGCAAAGUUCAAUGCUGGCCUUCUCCAAUGCAAUCAAAGUUUUGAGCAGGAGUGUGUUGGACCCUCAAAAGAAAAAUAUGAGCAACGCAUGAUGAAGAUGCUGGGGAAGUCAAAAUCUCAAUUUAUAAAAGAUUACAACCAAAGACUCUUCAAUUGGUUGGUGACUUUCUCCCUUGUCAUGGUGGUAGUGGGCCGGUUUAUUAUAAAGUUCAUUUUGAUCGAAAUGGGAGCAUGGAUACUUUUUAUCUUCUUGGAGACAUACACAAGGAUGUUUUGGUCUGCAGAGUCUCUCUAUUACAAUCCAGUUUGGCAUUUUACAGUAGCAACUUGGGAAACACUUGUUUACAGCCCCAUCCUUGAUCUGGACAGAUGGGCAGUACCAAUCGGCUUUGUAUUGUUAAUAUUGGUAAUUUAUUGGCGUUGUUAUUGCAAAAGGAAACAUGGUCAUUGGCUGUUACCUCUGCACAGCAAUUCUAAAGGCGGUCCUAGUAGACCAAGAUCAGACUGACUUGGUCGGUGAGCUUUCCAUUCUUUUUUUUUCAUAUAUAAAGCCCGCCAGUCUGUUUUUGUUUCAUCCGCAGAAACACUUGCAACCAAAGUGGAGGGAAGAGGUGAAGCAUGUGAUGAUUUGCCUGGCACCGCUAGUAUCAUCUGUAACCCUAGCAUUCCUGAAUGUUUAUAUAGUGUAAUCUAUAAAGAUGUUGAUUAAUACAUCAGCUGUGCUUGGAAAAUUAGCAUUUCAAUUGUACAGCCAUUACAUGAUUAAUGACUUCUGUUCAAAAGAAGAGCUCUCUGCUUUGUUCACUUCUGGGUUGAAUGUACAAGAGCUUAGGGCUCUCUCUCUCUCUCUCUCUCUCUAACUGCUGAAUCUGGAAUGAGUAUAUUUUGUUUCUUUUCA